AUGACGCGAUCAUUUGCAGAUAAUGAUACGAUACCCAACGGCUGGCGCACUCGACAGCCAGGGUUUGCCAUCUGGAUCAUCAUCGCUAUCUUUCGGGGGGUUUUGGAGGCUUUCUUCUAUAGUAUCUACUACAUUCCAAGCUCUUUGCGCCAGUGUCCAACAUGGACCUAUCGUCAGGCCUGCAUGACGCGGCUUUUCGAGCGAGUCUUCCAUAUUAUCACGGAGGUCGGUUUCACACAAUCGUUGAGCUUGGACCCGGGCGAACUUGGCGAUCGCUGGGUGACCAUCGACCCAGCGCCAGCCUCUGCGUAUUGUGGUGACUUCACGAGUGACACUGUCAAGCCAGAGACGGUCGGCGGUACCUGGUAUCCAAAUCUACCAUCGAAGGAGUCGCUAUUAGAAGAACAAGGCCUAGUGGUUUUGUCCUUCCAUUCUGGGUCGCUCCUGUGGCUGACUGGACGGCCAGAGGAUUCGGGGCCCACGGCAACAUUGCUGAACAACAGUCUGGGCAAGAGUACUCGCUCGUUCUGGCUGCAGUACCGUCUCGCCGGUGGAAAUAACCCAACACCAUAUCCCGGGGCUAUGCAAGAUGCGGUGACAGCAUACAUCUACCUCACCCAAGAAAUGGGAAUCUCCCCAUUGCGCAUCGUCCUCGCAGGCGAUUCUACAGGCUCGACAAUUGCAGUCGCACUUCUGCGCUAUCUUGCCUCUAUCAAGGAGGCACAAGACCAUGAACUCGCCAAACUCCCACCUCCAAAGGCUUGUCUUCUGUUUUCGCCCUCGGUCGAGUAUUGCUUCGAAGGUGAUCCGGAGGCUGUCAGCACAAACAGGAAUCUCAAGACCGAUUAUGUCGAGCCGCGUAUGAUGGCAUGGGGCGCAAGGGCUAUUGCGCCACCUGAGACCGUUCGACUAGAUGAUCCGUAUAUCUCUCCAGCACUGCAUCCAUUUGCGACCCCGGUUCCAAUUUUCGUUCAGGCGGGAGGCGCCGAGGUUCUCGCUGAUAGUGUUCGUGGGUUUGCCAACGCUAUGAGCGCUGUCACGGGCAAUGUGGUCGAACAUCUCGAAGUUCCAGAUGUGCCGCAUGAUGUUUAUGUUGCGGGAACUAUUCUCGGAUGGCCGAAGGAGCAGGAAGAGAUCCAUGAAGCUGCCGCCAGAUUUGUUCUGCAAUAA